CCUUCCAUGGGCUUGGGAAAACGCCAAUUGUAACAUAUUUGUAUAUUUAUUUUCCUAGCCUGCGGUCCAAGCUUUUGAUUUAGUGAUUUAAUUGUGGGUUGACUUUGUCAACGGGUUAGUGUUUUUAUCUUUUUGUCCAUAGAGAAACAAAAGCAUUCUCUCUCGCUUGCUUAUUCAUCAUUUUCUUUCUUCUCUUGAUAACUAAUUCUGUUUCUGAAGACUUAACCAUGGUGGCGGAGCUCUUUCUUUCUGCGUUUCUUCAGGUGCUGUUUGACAGGCUGGCGUCCAGGGAGUUGCUGAAAUUUGCCUUUCAGGAGGGGGUUGGUUCAAAGCUAAAGAAGUGGGAAAAAACGUUGAAGAUGAUCGAAGCAGUACUCGAUGAUGCCGAGGAGAAGCAACUGACCAACAGGGCUGUGAAAUUGUGGCUGGACGAUCUCAAAGACUUGGCUUAUGAUGUGGAGGACAUACUAGAUGAGUUUGCAACUGAUGCUUUAGGCCGCAAGUUGGUGGCUGAAGAUCAGGGUACCACUAGUAAGGUUCGGAGCUUCAUCCCUGCUUGCUUCAAUAAAAUCAAUACUUUGAGUCCAAGCGCAGUUAAGUCCAACGUUAUCAUGGGGUCAAAGAUAAAAGCUAUCACUUGCCGGAUGGAAGAUCUGUGUAAACAAAGAACUGAUCUUGGAUUGGAGAAGAUUGCUGGAACUGUACGACAAAGACUCCCAUCAACUACAUGUUUGCCUGCUGAACCAGCUGUUUACGGCAGAGAUGAAGAUAAAGUCAGAAUAAUCAAAAUGAUGUCAACUGCUGAAUCAAGUGGAGCCAACUUCCUUGUUAUUCCCAUUGUUGGCAUGGGAGGCCUUGGCAAAACAACCUUUGCCCGGCAUGUGUAUAAUGACGAGGCAAUGAAAGAUUUCAAGUUUGACAUAAAAGCAUGGGUUUGUGUCUCUGACGAUUCCGAUAUUUUGAGAAUCUCAAAAGCAAUUCUCGAGGACAUAACUCGCUCACCUUGUGAUUUGAAGGGUCUAAAUCCAGUGCAGCUUGAACUAAAAAAGGCAAUUGCUGAUAAAAGGUUCUUGCUGGUUUUGGAUGAUGUCUGGAACAGUGAUGAUGACUUCUGGGAAAAUUUGAAAUCUCCCUUUAUGGCUGGAGCAAUUGGAAGUAAAAUCAUUGUGACCACACGCGAUGAAAACGUUGCAUCAACAGCAGCCCCCGGUGGUGGCUAUUACAACUUAAAACUUCUAUCAGACAAUGGUUGCUGGUCCGUUUUCAAGGAGUAUGCAUUUCGAGGAAGACGUAGUGCUAGAGUUCCAAAUUUAGAGCUGAUUCGUCAGAAAGUAGUUGAAAAGUGCCAAGGUUUGCCGUUGGCAGCAAGGACUCUUGGUGGCCUUCUACACUCAAAGAGGAGGUAUGAUGAUGGUUGGAUUGAUAUACUGAAUAGCAAAAUUUGGGAUUUACGUGAUGGAAAUAAGAUACUACCUGUUUUGAAGCUAAGCUAUCACCACCUUCCUGCACAUCUCAAGAGAUGUUUUGCUUAUUGUUCAAUUCUACCGAAAGAUUAUGAAUUUGCAGAAAAAGAACUUGUCUUUUUAUGGAUGGCGGAAGGUCUUAUUCAAGAAUCGAAAGAUCACAAACAAUUGGAAGAUUUGGGUUGUGAGUAUUUUCGUGAUCUUGUUGCCAGGUCAAUUUUUCAACAGUCAAAUGCUAACAAUUCUAAAUUUAUAAUGCAUGACCUUGUCAACGAUUUGGCGGAAUGGGCGUCUGGAGAAGCAAGUUUUAGGAUGGAAGAUGGACUGGGUGCAAACGAGCAAAUACAAAAUUUUGUAAGGGUACGCCAUUCUUCUUAUAUUUCUAUUCAUUAUGAUGAUAGAAAGAAAUUUGAGGAUUUCAAUGAGUUCAAGAAGUUGAGAACUUUUCUCCCUGUAUUCUUACAUGAUUAUUAUUCCCAUGAUCAUCAUUAUAUGCCAAAUCUGGUACUCCCUGAUCUGUUGUUAAGGUUAAAAAAAUUGAGGGUGUUGUCUUUAAAAAGAUAUUAUAUCGUGAAGAUUCCUGAUUCAAUUGGAAAAUUGAAACACUUGAGAUACCUUGAUCUUUCUUACACUAUGAUAAAAACUUUGCCCAAAUCAACAAGUUCUCUAUUCAACUUGCAAAGUUUGAUCUUAGAAGGAUGUUUUUGCCUCAUGAAGUUGUCUAACAUGAAACACUUGAUCAAUCUACGUCACCUUAACGUUAGAGAUGCAAAUAAGAUAAAAGAGAUGUCAUUGGGAAUAAAAAAAUUGAGAUGUUUACGGACUUUGUCUAAUUUUAUUGUGGGUGAGAAUACAGGAUCUUGCUUAAAAGAUUUAAAAGAUUUAAAGUUUCUUAUUGGGAGACUUUGCAUUUCAGGAUUAGUGAAUGUAACUAAUUCUCAAGACAUCAGAGAAGCCAUAUUAAGUGAUAAAAAAGCCAUAUUAAGUGAUAAAAAAGGUAUAGAAGUAUUGUCUUUAGAAUGGGGGUAUAAUGUUGACGACUCAAGAGAUGAGAUUGGAGAGGAAAGGGUACUUAACAUGCUUCGACCAUAUAAAAAUAUAAAAGAGUUCACUGUUAAAGGGUACUGCGGUAAGAAUUUUCCAUCUUGGAUGGGAGAUUCAUCUUUUUCCAAUAUGAUUGUUUUACGAUUGGAGGGCUGUGUAAACUGUACAUCUUUACCUUCUCUCGGAAAAUUAAGCUCACUCAAAGAUCUCACUAUCAAAGGGAUGACAAAAAUAGUAAGUACUGGUUUUGGGUUUUAUGGAGAGAGCAACUCAAAGGCUUUUCAGUCACUAGAGACUCUUUGUUUUGAAGAUUUGCCAGAAUGGAACCAUUGGGAGCCAUUGAAAGAAAGUGAGCAAGCUGGAAUUUACCCGUGCCUCCGCAAGCUUUCAAUCGUCAAAUGCCCCAAACUCACAGGAAUAUUACCUGAGAAUCUUCCUUCCUUGGAGGAACUUGAAAUUCGUGAAUGCCCUCAAUUGUUGGUGAAUUCAAGCAGACAUCAUCCCACUCAUGGCUACUUACAAAAGGAUGCAGACAAAGAGGCAAUGGAAAGUAAUCUGGUUGGCUGCAAUUCACUGGCCUCUGUGACUCCAGAAAAAAAUUCAGAGUUCGGUAAUUGGAUAAAGAAAGGGUGUCAGAAAGUGGAACGACUAAGUAUCAUGGGUUGUGAGGAACUCAUAUGUUUGUGGGUGAAUGAGAUUUCUCUAGAGAAGCCUCCACAAGGGUUGCAUUGCUUCAUCUCCCUGAAAAGACUCCGUAUUGAGGAUUGCCCGACUCUUGGUUCAUUUCCAGAGAUCAGUUUCUUUCCCAAUCUAAGUGCACUUGAGAUUAUAAAAUGCUAUAUGCUAACUUCCUUACCAGAAGGAAUGAAGCAUGGCAAUACUGGUCUUGAACGUUUGUGGAUCGAUGAAUGUAAUUCUCUGACAUUCAUUGUAAAAGGUCAGCUACCUCCAUCUCUGGAACAUCUCUUUAUAUUCAAUUGUGAGAAGUUGCAGAUUUUGUUUGAUGAUACAGAGGAUAUUUCUCUUCCUUCAUCUUCAAUGAUGCAAAAUGCGUUCAUUAGCAACACCAGGACAGCUGCACUUGGUUACUUGAAUAUUGGCAACUGUCCAUCUCUCACGGCUUUAUCCUCAAAAGGACAGUUACCAGUUUCACUCAGAGCUGUUUAUAUUAGUGGUUGCUUAAUGCUAGCGUCAAUAGCUGAGAGAUUUGACAACAACAUGUCUCUCAGUUCUAUAUAUGUCUGGGAUUGUAAAAAUCUUAGUUCCUUGCCUCGGGGUUUAUACAAUCUUAACCGUCUUCAACGAUUAGUAGUUGGCUACUGUCCAAACCUUGUUUGCUUCCCUGAAGGCGGGCUUCCCAACACCAGUUUAUAUAUUUCAUUCUCAGAAUUUGAGAAACUUAAAGAGCUUCCUGAAGGCUUUCACAAUCUCAGCUGUCUCGAAGAUUUCUCAAUAAAGGGAUGUCCAAGUAUCAAAUCAUUUCCUGUAGAAGGUUUUCCUGGCAACCUACAAACACUUUGUGUUCGUGGUAAUCUCGAAAUCUAUAAGAGUUUGAAGGAGUGGGGAUUGCACAAGCUUACCUGCCUUACAAGUCUGAGUAUAGGUGGAUGUCCGGGUGUUGUAUCUUUUCCAGAAGAUGAGAUGGGAAUGAUGCUGCCAACCUCUUUAAUUGACCUACACGUUGAAGAAUUUCCAAACUUGAAAUACUAAUCUUCUAGGGGUUUUCAAGACCAAACUUCUCUUAAAACUUUGGUUAUCUAUAGUUGCCCACAGCUUUCAUCCUUUCCAGAGGGCCUGACAUCCUCACUUUUGGAUUUAAGAAUUAAAAAUUGUCCCCUGCUGAGAAAACAGUGCACAAGGGAUAAAGGACGAGAAUGGCCUAAGAUAGCUAACAUCCCUUACGCUACAUUAGAUAGCAAAUUCAUCUAUGAUUCGGAGGAGGAGGAAUAGGAUAGGGAAGCAUAUCAAUACUAUCUGCAUGAGUGAUACGCAAAUUGCUACUCGAGUAUUGUUUCACUGAUCAACAAAGUUGAAUUUUUGGAGUGUCAACAACAUGUUAAAACAAAGCUAAUAGAUGUAUGAUAAAAAGCUGGUUUUAUAGUACAAGAGAAGCUGACAUGAUAGCCUACAAAAUCUGUGUGAAGAUCAAGUAAUGAAAAACUCCUUGAUUCAAUGUUUUCUUAAUUGGAUAUAAACCCUCUAAACCCUCUAAUCUCAGCUUUUCAUCAUUUCAAAAAAACUUGUACUUGAAUUAGGCAAUUUUUGUGUUUCACAAGCAGAGGUUUAAAUCUGUCUUCUUUUUCUAAAUUCUAAUACUCUACAAAUAUUGUUAACUUUAUUUUUUAACGUAUUGCAGUUUUGGUGUAACAUGGAUUCAGGUUUUUUUAACGAUUUUAAAUUUGUAAAACAUUAUAGAUUCUCUUGAAAACUGGAAUACUCAAGACAUAGUAUAUGUGAUAUUAAGUUAUUAACCAUGAUCAAAUUUUCGGGAGGGCAAGUCAUUUAAAAACCUUCAAGUUUCCAGAAAAAUAAUUCCCACGUCUGGAGCUUUUGUUGAGAAUAUCACAUAUCCAGUACACAAGCCAAUUUUCAACCCACAUCCGUGAUCCAUCUUAAUGAGUGUCCAAGCAAAUAUCUUCGAAGUAUUGUCCUCUACAUACAACAUUGAUGCUGCUGUCUCAUUGGCCUCACAGCACCAAUGAGACAGCAGUGUUGGAGCACGGGUGUGGGCUGAUGAUAGUCCAACAAUGCUCCUAGCCUCCUACAUUUCAGUCGGAGCAUUCUAGAUCCCACUCAGGGUGAAUAAAACGGCUGGUCUGUUUGAUGCACUUCUCUGGGUGGGCCAGUUUUUCCUGGACUCAGCCGACCGGCUGGAGAAGUUUAUGAACUAUAUCGAAGGCCGCUCUGAAAUUCCUCUUCCGACCUAGUUGUCAGCGACUACGUUGUUGGUGCCGCCAAGGUUCUAAUGGAUGCUUCUAAGGACUCCGCCAAUCAAGGUUCAAAAUUUCCAUUUAUUUGUUAUGGUCGAAAAUCAGUGGCAAGUUCACUCCACGGCAAUCAUCAGAUGGUCAGUAGUUUGGAACUUAUAGACAAGAUGAUGUUGAUGCUCUGCGAGCACUAGCUGAGGAACCUGCAAUACUUGACUUCUUGUUAACAUAUCCUUUCUUGUGCAAAGCAAAUGAAUUGUCUUUUAAGUGGCCAUCUUCUAAUUGUAAGGUCUGAUUACUUGAUUUCCAUAACCAGUUCUCACUAAUGAAUGGCCAAGUGGGGUCACAAACAGAGCAGCCACAUCUGACAUACCCACUGGAAUCUCAGAUUCACUUGGCAGUAAUGCUACUGUAUCAGAGUUGGUGGCGGAGAUCAAGCCACUGUAUGUGACAUUGUUGCUUGAUGAAAUUUACUCAUGCAAUUUCUCCUACUCUAGCAUCUACUAUUUCUGCUGCUGAGAUAAGCAUGAAGUCUCCAAACACUACCUUGUCUCCAUACACACUUGUAGAUCAAGCUGCUAAUGCUAAAGAAACCACAAAAAGGCCUAAUGAUAGUGUUUCUGAUCCUCAAUAUUGGAGAUAUGAUGCUCCUCAAAAAUGACAUAAACGUGGAGGUGACGGCAAUAGGCUGUGUUUUAAUUUAUAUAUUCUGGGACUUGUCCUCGUGGGGAGAAAUGCAACUUUCGACAUGAUGGUGAUGCAAGAGAGCAAUGAUUAAGAGGUGUCUGUCUUGAUUUUAUUAUCAAAGGAAAAUGUGAAAAGGGCUCAGGAAUGCAACUUUAAGCACAGUCUACAGAGUGAAGGUGACGGCCAUUCUCACAGGAGAUCUGCAUCUGGAAUUACAGGUCAAAUGAGUGCUGGUUCUGUUUGUCAAGCCCAAAUGUGGAGUCACUUUUGGUUAUUAGCAUAGGAGAGCAUUACUAUUGUGUUUUGCCUAAAGGCCCACUUGUUCAAGAUCAUACGUUGAUAAUACCGGUUGAGCACGCACCUAAUACCAUUUCUCUUUCCCGGGAGAGCGAAAUUGACCUUGGCAAAUUCCAAAGCAGUCUCAAGCUGUAUUAUAAAAAACAAGGGAAGGGAACUGUUUUUAAUGGGUUUCCAAACGUGGUACUCAUGCUAAUCUGCAGGCCGUACCUAUUCCGUCAUCCAAAGCAGCUGCUGUUCAAGUGAUAUUUAACUUGGCUGCUGAAAAGUUGGGUUUUAAAUUUUUUGCCUAAAAAUGAAGAAAAGAAGAAAAGAGGCCAAGACACAGGGCAGCAGCUGGGAGAUGACAGAUGGCAACCAACAAAUUAACGGAAGAGCAACAAACCAACACUUAUCAAAUGAAGGCAUGGCAAGCAAGCAGCACAGAGUGGAACAAACUGUGGGGACCACUGAGAUUCCUAGAGCUGAGUUGGCAGAGCAUAAUUGAAAGGCAAUCUGGAGGAGUGCAAUGAAAUAGGUUUGGAGAGGGAAAAGCAAAUCAGAGAAGAAUUUUGAAAAAAAAAGAGAGAUUUGAGGGAGAGAAGCCAACCUCUCAAAAGCUGGCUUAUAGAUUAUAUUUGGGUUGUUGAUUUCUCUGUUAUUCUCUUAAACUUUUGUGAAUGUUUUGUAGAUGAUGCUAGUCUGAGUUUGUAAGGGAUUCUGUUAUUGAAAUACUGCUGAAAAAGAAAAUCCAUUACAUCUAUACAAAUUUCAGUUCAGUAUAUUUCAAUGCUGUGUUUUGUGUUUGCUUUACAGUUUAUCAUCCAAAAUACAUAAAUACAUUUGUAGCACUCCAGAACUUUGUUAGUUUCUUGGCCAUUUGAGAGCAGCAGCAUCUUCAGUUUAGUCAGUCUACUCUAGGUCUGUACCAGAGAUUUCCAGUGCUGAGGUGUCAGCUCAAGGCUGGAAGAGUUGUGGCAGGGAGAAAGGGAGCGUAUUAGGCAAUGGGAAGAAAGAGAAGGGCAAGGAAAAAUUGGAAGAAUAGGGUUUUGGGGAGAGUACCAGCCUCUCGAAUGUUGGCAGGGGAAUUAGUUUUUGGGUGUUUUUGAUUUGAUGCUUCUUUUGUGCUAUUUCAGUUGUUAAUGUAAACAUGCUACAGUACUCUUGAAUGUACAUUGUUAUUUUCAUUUCUGGUAAUCAGUCAAUACAACUUCAGUUUAUUAC